AUGGAUCGUUGGGUAGGAAAGUCUGCUAUUGUCACCGGAGUUAGCUCCGGAAUCGGAGAAAUUAUCGUUGAAAAAUUAGUUUAUGCUGGUGUUAACGUUUUGGGGCUAGCUCGUCGCGAAGACAGGCUCCAAGCAUUAGCUCAACGUUUCAAAGGUGCCAAAGGAAAGUUCCAUUAUCUUAAAUGUGAUCUUCGCAACGAGCAGGACAUUCUGAAGGCCUUUGCUUGCGCCGAAAAAACUUUUGGUUGCCUUGACAUUUUGGUAAACAAUGCUGGAGUAUUUUUCAUUGCUCCUUUUGAUGCUGCAAAAACUGAAGACUAUCGAUCACUUAUGGACAUAAAUGUCCUCGCUCCGGCUAUUUGCAUUCGCGAAGCUCUCAAAUUGAUGCGUAAACACAAAAAUGAUGGUCAUAUUAUUAACAUCAACAGUGUUGCUGGUCAUAAUGCGGUAAUAUCAGAGGUGCCUAUGAAUUUAUAUCCGGCGAGUAAAUUUGCUUUGCGAGCAAUGACAGAAACAUUGAAGAGAGAGAUUAAAUUGAAACAAGAUAAAAUUCGAGUUACUGGAAUACACCCAGGAUUAGUUAAAACGGAAAUAUUAAAUGCAUUUGGUGACAAAACCAAUGAAUUAUUAGAUAAAAUGCCGUACAUGGAAAGCAAAGACGUUGCUGAUUGUGUUAUAUUUGCACUUUCAAUGCCGCAAAAUGUUCAGAUCGACGAGCUUACUUGCACCGCAAUUGCAACCAUGAGUGACUGGUUUCUUCCUUAUUUCUUCAUUGCGCUGGUAAGUGAUCCGCUGAUCACCAGAUCCGAGUAUUUUUUUAUAUUCCGGAGUCUGGAGGAAAAACAACAAGAUCUUGUAACAAAAGAGAUCUCUGAAAUAACUGCUGGAGUAAGAUGUCGAGUAGUACGACCAGAAGCGACGCGGUGUACUAUUGACAGCUUGAAUAUUCACACGAAGAUGAACAAUCAUGAACAUUCAGAAAAAAUCCAAGUUGAUUGUGAUGAAGUAAAAUUUUGUGAACCCUUUGAAAUAAUAUUCAAUUCUACGGGAGUCGAGUCGCUUUUGAUGAGUGAUGAGCUCAAGAAUUCUCAGAUAUCCACCGUUUCGGAUAUCGCGAAUCUCAUGAAUGUACAGUGGGUAAAAGCAAUCUCCAAAAAACAAGACGUAAUACAAGAAAGUACAAUCCAUGGGGAAUGCAUUUCUGCAAUAUCUUUUAAAGAAUUGAAUGAAGGUAGAUUGAAGGGCAGACUCUUCCCUCCUGAAAUAACCCUCAAGUACAAUUCUUCUAUAAAUAUCGUUAACGUUUAUUUAAAAUCGAGGGAUGUUAAGUCAUGCUCAAGAGGUAGAGUUACAAUUUCAGAAAAUAUCUUUUCUUCAUUGAAAAAUUUCGAACAUCGUACUGUAAUUUCCCCGGAUUUAAUUGAUUCUGCUAUAAAGAAGGAAAUUAUUUUCACCACCGAUGGAGGUAAAAUUAAUAUUGAGCGCUUAAAUCAUCUAUAUGUAAAGAAAGUUCGGCUAAUUACUGAUACUGAACUACCAGCAAUUAUCAAUCCUGUUUCUCGCUGGUUGGGAAAACUCGCGGUUGUCACUGGAGCCAGCUCUGGAAUAGGCGAAGCUAUUUCCAAAGUACUUGUUGCUAAUGGGCUGAACGUUCUGGGUCUAGCUCGUCGCGAAGACAAGCUCAAGGAGUUGACAGAGCUUAAUAAUUCAUCCACGGGCAAGUUUCACUUUAUGAAAUGUGAUUUGUAUAACGAAAGCGACAUUUUGAAGGCCUUUAAUUUUGCCGAGAGUAAUUUCGGCGGGGUCCAUGUUCUUGUUAACAAUGCGGGAACUAUUAGAUCCAGCACACUCGCAGCUGUAAAGACGUCAGAUAUUCGCGAAGUUGUCAAUUUGAAUCUAAUUGCUCCUGCAAUUUGCAUCAGAGAAGCUCUUAAGUCGAUGCGUAAUCACAAAAAUGAAGCUCACAUUUUCAAUAUUAAUAGUAUUUAUGGUAUCAAUGCAACAUACCCGCCAUUGCCGAUUAAUUUAUAUCCAGGGAGUAAAUUUGGAAUGAGAGCUGUCACUGAUAUUCUUAAAUUGGAAAUUCGUCAGAAUAAAGAUAAUAUUCGUGUUACAGGUCUCUACCCAGGAUUGGUAAAAACUGAAAUUAUUUCACUUGGCGGAUUCAAUCCGGACAUGUACAAAAUUCUCCCGUACUUGGAGCCAAAAGAUUUGGCUGACUGUUUGGUAUUUGCUCUAUCUGCACCCCCGCAUGUCCAAGUUGACGACUUGGUGAUUAAUCCAGUGAAACGUUAA